CUGUAAUGCUGCACCACGGCACAUGUCCGCUGUGACACACCGUACUGGAAUAUGUGCAACAUGAAAUAGUGUCCGGUUUGCUGUACUGAAAGUCAUGGCAGGUCCUGAUCUGAUUAGAACUCUUCUGUAUACUGUCAAUAACCUGCUGCAGCAAGAGAAGUACAAAGCGGCAUUGGCAGUGUUGAAAGGAUUCAGAAACGGCGCUGUAUAUGGGGCCAAAAUCAGAGCACCACAUGCUCUGGUAAUGACAUUUCUCUUCAGAAGUGGCAGUUUGAAGGACAAGCUCAAAGCCAUUCUGAAGGCCACGUACACCCACUCCCACAACCUGGCAUGCUUUGUGUUCACAUACAAAGGACUGCAAGCCUUGCAGGAGAGAUGCCAGGGGAAGAGGUUGCAGUCUCACUCCUUUCUGGCCGCCUGUGUUGGAGGGUGGUUAGUGUUCGGAGAUAACAAUAACAUCAAUAGCCAGAUCAACAUGUACUUGCUGUCUCGGAUCCUGUUCGCUCUCUCUCGGCUGGCUGUAGAGAAAGGACUCGUCCCCCAGCCUAAACACGACCCUUUCCCCCUCUUUGCCACGCUGGUGUGGGGCAUUGUCUUGUGGCUGUUUGAAUAUUACCCUCACACCCUCCAGCCCUCACUGCAGUCCUCCAUGAACUACCUCUACCGCGACAGCAACGUGUGGCAUGACAUAACGGACUUCCUUGUUUAUAAUAAGCCAAGGACUGCUGCUUGAAAAUCACGU